CCACCUAUCACACGCGUUAUCACUCUCACUAUCGCUCGCCUUAGCACAACCCACCAUCAGGCAUAUCUCGACCAGAUCGCACGCAACACACGAGAGAGACAACUCGAUCAGCUGCGCUUCGACAAGGCCACCCGAACCCCUACCGAACUCGACCGCUUCGACGACUUUGAGCCCUCGGACAUCGACAUGGCUGGUCUCUUUGGUAGCGCCGCCUCUGCUGCAACCACUUCGGCCACUGCCACCCAAGGCAGCAUCGCCAACGAUGUCACCCUCAACCAAUCGCCCUCAGACGGCAUCCAGGACUUGAGCUUCUCGCCCGUGUCUGGCCAUCUCUCAGUCGCGUCAUGGGACAACAAAGUCUACAUCUACGAGGUUCAGAGCAAUGGUGCCAACGAAGGAAAGACUCAGAUCGACCUCAAGGCCCCCGCCCUGAGCACCUGCUGGUCAAAGGACGGAAGACAAGUCUUUGGCGCCGGUGCCAACAACCAAGUCAUAAUGAUGGACCUCGGCAAUGGUGGAGGCACCACUCAGACAGUCGCCGCCCACGACCAACCCAUCAAGUGCGUGGAAAGCAUCAACGCCGGCGGCCAACAAAUGAUCGUCACUGGUUCCUGGGACAAGACUAUCAAAUACUGGGACUGCCGCCAACAAAACCCCGUCGCCUCAGUUCAAUGCAAGGACCGCGUCUAUGCCAUGGACACUCGCGACCAGCUUCUUGUCGUCGCUACUGCCGAUCGCUGGGUCGAGAUCUUCAACCUCAACCAGCCCGGCACUGCCUACAAGCAGAUUCAGAGUCCUCUCAAGUGGCAGACCAGAACCGUCAGCUGUUUCGCCGAUGCCACCGGUUUUGCCAUUGGCUCCAUUGAAGGCAGAUGUGCCAUCCAAUACGUCGAGGAAAAGGACUCGAGCUCCAACUUCUCCUUCAAGUGCCAUCGCCAAAACUCACCCAACCAGCGUGACGUGUCCAACGUCUACUCGGUCAACUCCAUCUCCUUCCACCCCGUCCACGGUACCUUCAGCACAGCCGGUAGCGACGGCACCUUCCACUUCUGGGACAAGGACGCCAAGCACCGUCUGAAGGGUUACCCUGAAGUUGGCGGCAGCAUCUCCUGUACAGACUUCAACCACGACGGCUCCAUCUUUGCCUACGCCGUUUCCUACGAUUGGCACCAGGGCUACGCAGCAAAGACCCCCAAUUACCCCAACAAAGUCAUGUUGCACGGCAUCUCUGGCGACGAGUGCAAGCCUAGACCCAAUUCCAAGAAGCGAUGA